AUGACUUCCUCGGAGCAGACACGCAUCCGUCUCCUCGAGGCCGAGCUCGAGGCCAAGGAGUUCAUAGCCGCGGAUCUGCGCGCUCAGGUCGCCUCGCUGUGCUCGGCACGUGCGUCGGCCUGCCACAGCCCGGUGAGCCCGCCAUUCUUCGACGCCGAGUCGGUGGCGUCGGCGCAGACGCGGACGCUCGCGCGCAGCGUUGACGGCCGGUUCGGCUCGUGGACCACUCUGUACGUUGCGCUGAGUGCAGGCCGCUGCGGUAGGACCACAGACUGGAGUGACUGCAAGCUAGCACUGUCGACUCAUAGCCGCUGCGGUGGCACCGCUGAUGCAUAG